AGCAUGGCUGACCAACUGAUGGAAGAGCAGAUUGCAGAAUUCAAAGAAGCUUUUUCACUAUUUGACAAGGAUGGUGAUGGAACUACAACAUCAAAGGAAUUGGGAACUGUAAUGAGGUCUCUUGGGCAGAAUCCCACAGAAGCAGAGUUACAGAACAUGAUUGAUGAAGUAGAUGUUGAUGGUAAUGGUACAGUUGACUUUCCGGAAUUUCUGACAAUGAUGGCAAAGAAAAUGAAAGAUACAGACAGUGAAGAAGAAAUUAGAGAAGCAUUCUGUCUGUUUGAUAAAGAUGGCAACAGCUACAUUAGUGCAGCAGAGCUUCGCCAUGUUAUGACAAACCUUGGAGAGAAGUUAACAGAUGAAGAGGUUGAUGAAAUGAUCAGGGAAGCAGAUAUUGAUGGUGAUGGUCAAGUAAAUUAUGAAGAGUUUGUACAAAUGAUGACAGCAAAGUGA